ACUUCAUAACUCAUCCAAGAAAGUGAACAUUUUACUAAAUAAAGAAAAAAAUACCUUCUUGAUUCAGCUAUUGCCUCUUCAAUCAAUGGAAUCUCAUCGCGGCCAUUCCCUUUUUCUCUUCUUGCUCAUCACUCUGUCAUCCAUAACUAACCAUGCAGAGGCACGCCGUCUCCUGGAGUCGCCCGUGCCUGAGGUUCCCAAGCCCGAAAUCCCAUCUAUACCGAAGCCGGAGCUACCUCCACUACCCAAGCCUGAGCUGCCAUCAUUGCCUAAGCCUGAGAUUCCAACACUGCCAAAACCUGAAGUCCCAGUAUUGCCCAAGCCCGAAUUUCCAACACUGCCAAAACCAGAGAUACCUGUGUUGCCAAAGCCCGAACUUCCAGCACUACCCAAGCCAGAGGUACCGACAUUGCCUAAGCCAACACUAGAAAAGGCUGAAACGCCAAAGCCUACUCUACCGGAAAUACCAAAGCCUCAAAUGCCAGAGCUACCAAAGCUCCCAGAAUUGCCAAAACCUGAGAUCCCGGCUGUCCCUAAGCCUGAGGUACCAACAUUGCCAAAACCCGAGGUCCCAACUUUGCCUAAGCCUGAGGUGCCAGCAUUGCCAAAACCUGAGGUCCCAACUUCACCUAAGCCUGAGGUUCCAACAGUGCCAAAACCUGAGGUACCAACUUUGCCUAAGCCCGAGAUCCCGACUUUGCCAAAGCCUGAACUUCCAACACUACCUAAGCCAGAGGUACCGACAUUGCCUAAGCCAACACUAGAAAAGGCUGAAACGCCAAAGCCUACUCUACCGGAAAUACCAAAGCCUCAAAUGCCAGAAUUGCCAAAACCAACGGUGCCAGAGCUACCAAAGGUCCCUGAAUUACCAAAACCUGAGGUCCCAACUAUCCCUAAGCCUGAGGUACCAACAGUGCCAAAACCUCAAGUGCCAGAGCUACCAAAGCUCCCAGAAUUGACAAAACCUGAGGUUCCGGCUGUCCCUAAGCCGGAGGUUCCAACAUUGCCAAAACCCGAGGUCCCGACUCUGCCUAAGCCUGAGUUGCCAACUCUACCUAAGCCAGAAUUGCCAAAGUUGCCUGAACUUCCCAAGAUUCCGGAGCUGCCUAAACCAUCUUUGCCCGAAGGACCCAAAUCCCGUUGAUUUGCAUCGACAUAGGAAUAUGCCAUCGGGAUUAAUCAAGUUUCAGAGAUUCACCUUAUUACGGAGGGAUGUACUAUAAUUCUAGAAUGAUCGAUUCAUAUAGUCGUUGUUGUCUUCUUUUCUUAUUGCUUUCCAAUUUGUCCUCUUAUUAUAUGUAAGCUUGUAUGUUCUGGGUGUAUAAUGUCAUUUAAUAUAUAUUCAUGAUUGAUUGAGGUUUGAAUGAUUAGUAUAUGAUUUUUGCAGUGAUAA